GUGACAUGACAGCUGUAAAACGAAAACAAACUUGUAGAGUAAUUUAUGCGUAAUAAGCGUGAUUAGCAAAAAAAUGGUUUAUUUUUACGUUAAUUGAAAUAGUAUGAAAUAAAAAAAUGGCUUCAGUGAAAGUAGCAGUAAGAGUAAGGCCCUUUAACCAAAGGGAACUUGACAUGGAUGCAAAAUUAAUUAUUCAAAUGAACGGAAAGACCACAGGAAUAUUAAAUUGCAAGGCAAAUGCACGAGAUGAAAACAUUAGAUACAAGGAAUUCACUUUUGAUCAUUCAUAUUGGUCCCACGACGAGAAUUCACCAAAUUUCGCAUCCCAAGAACGGGUUUAUAGUGACUUAGGGACAGAAGUCGUGGAUUGUGCUUUUCAAGGAUAUAACGCUUGCGUUUUUGCUUAUGGGCAAACCGGGAGUGGAAAAACCUUUACCAUGAUGGGAUCUCCAGAUAACCAAGGUUUAAUUCCCAAAAUUUGUAAAUCUUUAUUUGAUAGAAUGGCAGAGAAUUCAAAACGGGGCACUACUCAUAGGGUACAAGUGAGUUACCUUGAAAUUUACCAAGAACGUGUGGCUGAUUUGUUACGAGGGCGCGAUAAUUCGUCUUUGAAGGUUAGGGAACACCCCAAAAAGGGGCCGUACGUUCAGGGCUUAACAACUUGUCUCGUCACUAAUUAUGGACACAUUCAGGAAUGCAUGAAUAGAGGUAAUUCGCAUAGGACAACAGCUGCAACCAAUAUGAAUGAUGUAAGCAGUCGUAGCCACGCUAUUUUUACUAUAACUUUUGUACAAGCUGGCUAUUGCGAUGGUGUACCUAGUGAAACAGUUUCAAAGAUCCAUCUAGUAGAUUUAGCAGGUAGUGAAAGAGCCGACGCGACUGGCGCAACCGGUCAGAGAUUAAAAGAAGGGGCCCACAUUAAUAAAUCUCUUGUGACUCUUGGUUCUGUGAUAUCGGCUUUGGCUGAAUUAUCAGUGGAAAAUAGUGGCCAAAGAAAAUCAUUUUUUAUACCAUAUCGAGAUUCUGUACUCACUUGGCUCUUAAAAGAUAGCUUAGGUGGUAAUUCUAAAACUAUAAUGAUAGCAACAAUUAGUCCUGCUGAUUGCAAUUAUGGUGAAACUUUGAGUACACUAAGAUACGCAAAUCGCGCUAAGAAUAUUAUUAAUAAACCGACUGUUAAUGAAGAUCCUAACGUUAAAUUAAUUAGGGAAUUACGAGAUGAGAUUAGUAAAUUAAAAGCGCUUAUGUUUAGUGAGCAAAGGUCGGAUAUGUUGGCACAACUGCAUGAAAAAGAAGCUAGAGAAAAAGAAUUGACAGAGGAGUGGGCUGGUAAAUGGCGAGAAGCUCAAGCUAUUCUCAAGGAACAAAGGGCAUUGGGGUUGCGUAAAGCAGGUCCUGGGGUUGUUUUAGACUCAGACAGGCCACAUCUAGUGGCAAUUGAUGACGAUCCUCUUAGUACAGGUGUAACCUUAUACCAUCUCAAGGAGGGAAAAACUACAAUUGGAACGGAAGAUUCUGACGUAAAACAGGAUAUAGAACUAAAAGGGGCCGGUAUGGAGCCCCAACAUUGUACAAUAAGUUUUGAAAAUGGUAUCGCAACACUUACCCCAAAUCCGGGUGCUUAUGUCAUGUUGAAUAAUGUGCUUAUUGAGGCUCCUGCUAGACUUUCCCAAGGUUGCAUUAUUUUCCUCGGAAAAGCUCACGUCUUUCGUUUUAAUGACCCUGCCGAAGCUGCAGAAUUGCGUAAAGGCGAACGCACUUAUAAUUUGUCGCGUUUGAGUUUAUUGAGUUGGUCAACUCCUGAUUUGGCUGUGUCUAUGGAGAAUUUGCAACCAAGUCAAGAUGAUGAAAAAAGUGAAAUAGAGAUUCAAAGACUUAAUUUAGAAAAGGAAAAAGAGGUGUUUGAGAAGGAACAAGAAGCGUUUGAGAGGAAACGAAAAACUUUAGAAGAGGCUCAAGCGAAAUUAGAGGCCGAGAAAGCAUUGAUGCAUCAAGAACAUGCUCGUCAGACUCGUCGCUUGCAGGAAGAUUGGCAUCAUUUAACACUCGAGCAAAAACAACGCGAAUUUCAAUUAAAGGAGAAAGAAAAGGAAUUAAUAGCACGAAGAGAGGAAUUGGAACGUGAACGGCAUAAAAUCUGGGGCGAAAUAAACCACGAAUUUGAACAAUUGCAAGAUUUUAAGUCUAAUGUUGUCAUUAAAUUGAAUAAUGCUUGCCAGUUUAUUACGUCACAUGCCAAUGAUUUUACCUUUCCUAAUCCUCAAAUUAAAAAAAUGUUUCAGGAAUUAGUACUGAAAAGUGAGAACAACUCAUUGACUGAUGCCGAGUCUGAUAUUCUAAUUGAUGCUUUAAAUAAUGUUAAGGGCCCUUCACUUAUUCAGGAGUUAGUUAUUCAACAUAGAAAAGAAUUAGCCGAGCUUCAAGCUGAAUUAAAUAAACGAGUUGAUGCACUCUCGGAACAACGAAAGACUGUAGAAAUACUCGAUAAAAAAUUACUAGAUUUAGUUGAUCAGCAAGCAUCACUUGAUAUUAAUCCAGAAGAUCUUGUCGAUCUUAAGCAAUCUUUAGCUUCACGCACGAAAGAAGAGCUUGAUAAAAUUGAGAAGAAGAAGCAAGGAUUGAAAUUGAAUUUGAAAAAAAUUAAUUCUGUUGACGAACCAAAUUCUUGCGAAACCAACUAUACCAGUAGUUUAGAAAAAGGCAGUACUUUGAGCAGCGACACUUAUCAUACCGCUGCAAGUGUUUGUUCACCUGUUUUAAACAAUUUAGAUUGUCUUAUGAGCGACAGUGGGGUCGAAUUACGACCCUCGCCACAAAUUCAAGACGAAAGCGAUUUAUCAAGUAACGAGGAAUACAAGGUGAUUAGUGAUUCGCAAUCGACAAGUUCGAUUGAGAAUCAUUCACCUGUCAUUCGAAAAAAACGGAAAGAUAUCGAAGUGUUGCGAAGAUUGAGUCAGAAAAUCUUACAACAAAAACAAAGUAUUUUGCGGAGCUUGGAUUCGGGAUACGCGAAGGCUCAAAUCGAUUCGCAAAUUGCGGUUUUACAGGAAUUACAAAGGCAAUAUAUGGCGAUCAAGUGUGGAACUACUUCGGUUUUGUCUCCUGCAACCGAACAUCCGUUGCAGGAUGUGGAUAGUGCGAGUCCAAGUCCGGUUAAACCGUUUCAUACCGGGUCUACUUCAGCAUUGUAUUCGCCGAAUUUACAGGUCCAAAGCCAUAGACUGUCCUCAUACAACUACAACCUCCACCGAUCGAUGCCUUCAAUCGCUUCAGAAGCCGAUAAUGACUCAGUCGUUACAAUCAGCAGUUACUGUAUUCGAGGUGCCGGUACGAAAACUCACUACGAGUACGAAGUUCGAAUUUGUACAUCAGACGAACGUUGGAGCAUCCUUCGGCGUUACAGCCGUUUCAGAGACCUUCAUAUUGCAAUGAAAGCACGAUAUGGUGAAAAAGUUGCAUCGAUUCCAUUUCCGGCCAAACAACUUUUCGCAAACAGCGAAACUGUUGCUAAAUCACGCAAACGACAAUUGGAAUUUUAUUUACGAAGAUUGAUCGAAACGUGCAAAAAUCUACCGGCGUGUCCUUUGGCAUACGGUGGUCCAGUUACCAAAGCGGCCUUAAUUAGUUUUUCACCGUUUUUCAGAAAGGGGGUUUUCGAGAAUGGAAAAUAUGGGACUUCCUGAAACAGUUUUACGUCCAGUUUAUUUAUUCGUAGGAUUAGAGAAAUGGGCAAUAGCUAAUAGUGUAUUAUUUAUUUUUAUUUAACAACACGACAGGUUGUUGUGACACAAUUAGGUAAUAGAAGUGGUUGGGUCUUAAGCUUUAAAACACCAAAAUUGUUUUGUCAUAGUAGUAAACAUAAAAAACGGGUUCAUACAUUUCCUGCAAUAAAUGGGUCAGUGAAGUUAACUUAGAAUUUUUAAAUAUAAAUAAUACCAUAAUUUUGCACACUAAGUUUCGAAUUUUGCACACCUAUGAUAGGUGCAUCCUAUGAUUGAAACAUAUGUUUAAAAAUUUUGUGUCAAUUUUAUUAUUGAAUUUUGCACAAUUUUGCACACUUUUUAUAAAAUUUUGCACACCCUUACUUUACGAGUAAUUACUAAUUAAAAAAAUUUUCAGUACCCCUAAUUUAGCAUAAACGCAUAAUUUUUAUACAAUGAAAUCAUUUAAUUUUGCACAUCUUUUACUUAAUUUUGUUGGUCCAUGAAAAUGAAAUGAAAAAAGAUGGAUUAAAAAGCAAAAUCUCUAAGUACACGUUUCUAUUUUAAA